CGGAGAUGUUCCGGUUCAAGGGUGAAGUGCCAAUUACCAUGUGGGGCGAAGAGGAGUGAAGGCUAGUUUCGUUAAAUUAUAAGAGGAAAGCAAAAUGACCUCUUUAGCCUUUCAGCUGAAACGCUUGGCUUUACCACAGAAUGAUCCAAGUCUUCUGUCUCGCACAGUGACAGUAUCGUUGUUGUUUGAUUGUAAGGAAGCUGCUACUGUUGACAGAGACACUUUCUUUGCCAUAGGAUGUACAGGUCUAGAGGAACUUAUUGGAAUUGAUCCAGCUUUUGAAGAAUUUCAGUCGACACUCUUCAGCCAAGCUUCCAAAGGUCUAGAACGUAGUGUUCAAACUAAAGAAGUGAAUGCCAAGCUCAAUGAGAAUAUAUUGAUUUUUCUAACACGCUUAUCACCAUAUUUCAUGCUCAAGCCAGCUCAAAAAUGCCUCGAAUGGCUUAUUCAAAGGUUCCACAUUCAUCUGUAUAAUCAGGACAGUUUGAUCGGCUGCAUUCUUCCCUAUCAUGAGACCAAUGUAUUUGUCAGAGCCAUUCAGCUUCUUAAAAUUGAUUGCCCAACUCAUCGCUGGCAUUGGCUGAUGCCCAUGCAGAAAUAUGGCGUCCCAUUGGCAAGAAGUACAUUAAUUACACAUUGUUACAAAGAUUUGAACUUUAUGGAUUUCAUCUGCAGUCUGAUAACCAAAGCUGUCAAGACAUUUGGAGAUUAUCCUAGCAAUCCAGCACAGCUGAGGGUUCUUUUUUCUUUUUAUGCAUCCACCAUUGUGGUAGCAUUAAACACUGCGGAGAAAAUAACAGACACCAUAGUGGCCAAACUGCUUCCAUAUAUCCAGAAGGGAUUGAAGUCUUCAUUUGCUGAUUAUAGAGCUGCUACCUAUAUGAUAAUCUGUCAGCUUGCUGCAAAAGCUGUCAUGGAAACCUCUCUGGUAAACACUCUGGCCCAGCAGAUCACCAAAUCACUUGUGAAGACACCAUCACUGAAGCGAGAGGGAUUGAGUUGUUUGAUAGUUUUACUACAGCACCAAAAGAAAGAAAGUAUUAGUGAAAAGACCUUUAAUCAUCUCUGUAAUAUUCCUGGCCUCAUUACAACUCUCCAAGAGAUUGAUACUAGGUAUAAUGUUUCUCCAUUGCUCCAAUGUUUUCUCCCGAAACUGAUACAUUCCGUUAUCACAGAAGGCUACAACAGAAUUAGAAGCAAGACGAAGCCAUUCAGCCCAUCGAGCCUGCUCCACCCAGACACAGCUGAAAUGCCUGAAGAGCAGGAAGAACGUUCUGAUGGCCCAACCCACAUCCAACUUCUGGAAGGCAUACUUCAGAAUGUUGCAUUAGAGAGCAACCUGGACCAAAUUGUAGCCAAUGUGCUUCUUGAGGAGUACAUUUCCCAUUGGACAGAGAAUAUAAACUCUGACAGUCUUUCUGCUUUAAAUAAAGAAAUAAUGCCCGUGGUCAGACUCAUGGAAGCAAAGUAUUCUAACGUUUAUGAUAUAGUCUUGGAAGAACAAUUGAAAAAAGUCAAAACCCAGCGUGAGCAAGACAUCUUUCACCAGUUUGUUUCUCUGUCAUUGAACAGUGCCAAGCAUCAGUUGUUGGCAGAUUCUAACACAUCUUUGUUGCUGAGUCUGAAUCACCCACAGCCUACAAUCAGAAUAUUUGCUGUUGAACGCUUGAAGGAAAUCAUUAAAACAUCACAGGAGGGAUGUGAUGAUCUUUUUCUGAAGGAAGCAAUUUUAGAGCGUUUGAAAGAUGACAGUCUAGAGGUAGUUCUGGUCGCUAUGCAAGCUCUGGAGGCCUUCUCUGGAACCCUUGGCCAAGAAGAGACAGUUACUUGCCUUUUGACAGUGCUUCAACGAGUGAACCUUUCUGAUAAUGACUAUUGGCAAGUUAUUCUGGAAGAGGCAAUUCAGUUUUUAAGCUCAGGGGAAUUCCUUCAUGUGAAUGAAAUAUUAACUAAUCAGAUAUGGAUGGAACUCUUGCCCUAUAUGGUCCCAACCAACCCAGCCAUAGCAUCAGCUGAACAGAAAAUAACAAUCUUUCUUGCUGAUUCAAGUUUCUGCUCCAUGAGUCCACUGCUGCAUGGCUGGCCAGCAGAGCUCAAAAAAGUUAUUGAUGGCUGUAAUUCUGAAGAAAUUGUGGGUGAAGCAAGUCAGAAAUUGAUCCAACUUCUGGCAAAUAACUUGUGUUUAAUGGAGCCUCCUUCUAGGACUCGAACUAUGGGACAUCUCAUAGAAAUCAUUGCAAAAGAAUCCUCAGAUGUGAAACAGAUGCUGAUAUCUGAUAUACUAAGUUUUGCUUUAAUUCAGACCUUGGAUAAACAGUCUGAACGGGAUUGUUUGCACGUGGCUUUGCAAGUGUAUUGUGUUCUGGAGAAAAGGUUGAAGAAACUAAUAGCAAAAAAGUCACAUUUGCAUGAAAGCUCAGUAAUUCGACAAACUAAGGUUUCUCAAAAAUGGCAUUGUGAUUCUGUUGAAGGGAACAUAGUACCAGCAGGACUACUUACACAAUAUGUGAAAAAUGUGCGGCAUUAUAGUGCUGAAAAUGCAGAAGCUGGAUUAAUCCUUACUUUCUUGCUAAAGAAUUUUAUUGUUGCUUUCAAACCACCCAAAUCAUUUUUGAAAGAUCAGGCUUGGUGGAAUCCUGAAAGUUUGGACAGGCAAAGCUGUGAUUACCUUCAUCUUCUCAUUAAUGUCUUUGACAUUACUGUUUGUGCUGCUAGUGAAGAAGAGCUUGGAGGAAACUUCAGGAAUCUUGUGAAGUUUCUAAUUAAGACCCAUCUGCAUGAUUCCGAUCAUCUCUUCAAGUUCUUGUCGCUUCUGUGGAGCCACAAUUGUAGCCUUACCAACCAGUUAAACCGGCCAGUUAGUGCUGUGUUGCAGACUCGAGCCCUUUACUUCGGUCAUGCUGUACUUGCAUCGCAGUCUGCAGAGAGCAGAAGUCUGAUUGCAACUCCAUCAUUCCCAGUGGUGGUCUCCUUAAUCAUCAGUUUGGGAAAUCCUGUGAGAGAGGUGCGUCGAGCAGCUAUUGCCUGUCUGCAACCAUUAACUACAGUGCACGGGUCUAUCUAUAAAGUGGUAGUCAAUAAACUUGCCUGUAUGGCUGAAGAGAUUAUUGCAGAUCCCACUCAUUUAAGCCAGGCUCUGAGUAGUUUAUUUGAGGAGGCUUUAACACCGAGUAAAGCAGGAUCACAGCAUGAAAAACUUACUGAAGCUCUGGAGAAUCUGCUGUAUUGCAUCGGAGAUGCUGUGCGACCAUCAUAUGUAGCUCAUAACUUGUUGAAAGCACUUGAGGAGGUGAAUGGAGAGAUUGUAUUGUCCAAGUUGCUACCUCUAAUGGGGAGACUCAUCGAGAAAGAAUCUGAUACUCUUCUCAAAGAUGAAGCCCUUAUGCUGCAUUUGAUCCUCUCAAAGUACAACGAGCAUUCUGCAGCAUUACUGGCAAAGGAUCCACAUAGUCUGGAUCUUUUCAUCUGUGCCUUAAAUAGUUCCAAGGAAGUGUACCAAGGGUUACAGCCAUUGCAGAUCACUGCACUAGAAAAGAUCACAAAACAGUUCUUUGCAGCUCUGCCUGAUGGGAAGAUUCAGAAGAGGUUACUGGGAGUACUAUUUGACUUGCUUGUGCAGUGCAAAAACCCAAUCUGUGCACAGACAAUAAGCAGUGUUUUCAAGGCGAUUGUUGUUGAUGCUGAACAAAUUGCCCAGGAGCUCGGACCUUUGGAAAAGCCUCAAAUCCGUGUAACCAUCCAGCAGACCAGGAGGCAGAAAAUGCUGCAGCAGCGGAAAAUCCAAGAUUUGAAGAAUGAAGAACCUGAUUUUUCAACAGGCAAAAUUAACUGGCAGAGAGCCAUACUCAUCAUGGAAUUGUUGCAGCAUAAGAAGAAACUCAAAAAUCCUCAGGUUCUGGUUCCGACCCUCUUCAGCCUUCUGUCCAGGUGCCUGGAUCCAUCACUGUCUGAGGAUGGCAGCCUGGAGUACACAAAGCAGCUGAUCCUCAGUUGUUUACUCAACCUCUGUCAAAAGCUAUCACCAGAUGGUACAAGGAUCAGCAAAGAUGUCCUUGAUGAAGAGAAGUUUAACGUGGAGCUAAUUGUUCAAUGUGUCAGAGGUUCUAAUAUGCCUCAGACUCACCAUCAUGCAUUACUGCUCCUGGGUGCUGCUGCUGGAUUUUUUCCUGACAAGGUUCUCCAUAAUAUCAUGCCGAUUUUUACUUUCAUGGGUGCGAAUGUGAUGCGACUGGAUGAUAGCUAUAGUUUCCAGGUGAUAAAUAAGACAGUACAGACCGUAAUCCCAGCACUUAUUCAAGCUGAUGAUGAAGGUUCUGCAGAAACGAAGCAGAAUGUGGAAAAUGUUGUUACAAAAAUCAUCCAUGUGUUUGUAGAUGCUAUGCCACAUGUACCCGAGCACAGGAGAGUACCUAUCCUUUCACAGCUCGUCAACACAGUGAGUGCGGAACGCUUCCUUUGGACUCUCCUGUUGCUUCUUUUUGAGCAGCAUGUGACCAAGGCUACUACUUCAGCAACCAACAAUGAAAAGGAAGCUGCUGUAGAAAGAGAUGUUGAGUUUUGGAUUGCUGUUUGCUGCGAGUUCAGUGCUCAGGAGCAGCUACAGAGCUUCAUCAAUAUUUUGCGUUACUUAGCAAAGCUCCCAGAAGAAAAGGAAGACAAAGCUGAAGGACAGAGAAAAAUGAGGACAAAGGGAAGCAAAGCAAGAAACCAGAGUGAAGAGGAACCACUGUUCAACAUAGACACGCACACAGCCAAACAGCUACGGCAUUUCAAAUUUCUUUCUGUCUCAUUCAUGGCUCAGAUUCUUGCCUCCAACAGCUUUGUUGGAAAGGUUGCAGACUGUGAUAAUUCUGAAGAAGAAGUUUUGCAGAAGCUUGAACAAAGUUUGUUGGAGGAAAUUCUGUGCUACAUUAACGUUGUUGCUCACAGUGUGGAGGAGAAUGCAGAGAAGCCGACAGCCAAAUUUUGGAGAUCUCUACUCAACCGGUCAUAUGAUGUCUUAGAUAAAGUGAAUGCCUUGUUACCGACAGAAACCUUCAUCCCAGUGAUACGUGGGCUGAUAAGCAAUCGGUUACCUUCAGUUCGACGUAAAGCUAUGGAUCUCUUGAAUAAUAAACUCCAGCAGCACAGAACUGUGUGGCAGAAACGUCAGAUCACCUUGCUUUUGAGUCUGAUUGGGGAACUUCUGAAUGUUGCUUGCUGUAAGCAAAAAGAAGUGGAGCAGGCAGUUAACCGCCAGACAGCGCUUUUCAGCCUGAAGCUUCUUUGCAGGUGCUUUGGUGCAAAUCACCAAAAAUCAUUUGUGCCUGUUCUAGCGACCGCUGUUGACCUGGUCAUGGAUAACAACGAAGAGGAGGAAAAGAAUGUGCUGGGAAGUGCUUUGCUUUGUAUAGCCGAAGUCACCACUGCACUCAAAGCACUGGCAAUUCCACAACUUCCAAGGCUGAUGCCAGGACUGCUAAAGACCCUGAAAAAACAGAAGGAACUGCUGUCCAAUGAAAUUUAUUUACUAAGUGCUGUUACAGCAUUGCAGAAAGUUGUAGAAACACUGUCACAUUUCAUCAACCCGUAUCUACAGGACAUCCUUGCACAAGUCACCCGUUUGACCAAAAUUGCCUCAAGGACUGGCCAUUCUUCACAGCUUGACCCACAUCUAACAUCACUUCGAACUACUCUGGCCACAAAGCUAGCUCCUCGAGUUCUGUUGCCAGCAAUUAAUAAGUGCUACGAUAAACUUGCUAGCACCAAUCAGAAUUAUUUAGGUCCACUUUUCGAUAUCCUUAAGGAGCAUAUUAGUAACAUAGAAAAGGAACAAGUGAACUCCCAUCAAUCUGAGCUUACAUUGUUUUUCCUGAAAGCACUGGAUUUCAGAGCAGAUCAUUUGGAGGAUGAUUUGGAUAAUGUAGGUGAAAUUGAAGGGCUUGUAAUUAACUGUCUUGUUGGUAUGGUAAUGAAACUGUCAGAGGUUACCUUCAGGCCCCUGUUCUUUAAGCUGUUUGACUGGAGUAAAUCUGAGGGAUUCUCUAAAGAUAGAAUGAUUACAUUCUACCGUUUGGCAGACUGCAUUGCAGACAAACUGAAAGGGUUAUUUACUCUUUUUGCUGGGCAAUUAGUGAAACCCUUUGCUGACAUUUUGAACCAGACAAAUACUGUCAAAACCGAUGAAGCUUUCUUUGACUCAGAUAAAAACACUGAGAAAUCGUGCUUACUACUUCAAUUUGUCUGCGACUGCAUGCACAAAAUCUUUCUCUACGACACUCAGCGAUUUGUCAGUAAGGAGAGAGCUGAUACGCUUAUGAUGCCCUUAGUAGAUCAGCUGGAAAACAUGCUGGGAGGUGAGGAGGCGUACAAGGACAGAGUGACCAAUCAUCUAGUCCCAUGUAUAGCACAGUUUUCUGUUGCUAUUGGUGAUGAUUCUGUCUGGAAACCACUGAAUUACCAGAUCCUGCUUAAGACACGACACAGCUCACCUAAGGUGAGAUUUUCUGCUCUGAUUAUGCUGCUGGAAUUGGCUGGUAAACUGAAGGAGAACUACAUGUUGUUACUGCCGGAAACAAUCCCAUUCUUGGCAGAGCUACUGGAAGAUGAAUGUGAAGAAGUGGAGCACCAUUGUCAGAAGGUUAUCCAGCAGCUUGAAAUCAUACUUGGGGAACCACUGCAAAGCUAUUUCUGAAAACAUUGAAGAUGUACAAAGGUUUUAUAAAUAUAAAUAUUUUAUUUGUACAAUAGGGGUUCAUACAGUACUACAUUUCUGUAAUCUGCAUAGCUAUUUAAAUCACUUCUAUUGAAGUAGUAAUGCUUAAGAUACAGAAUUUUAUAUUGUAUGUGAAAUAUCAACAUUUGUGAUAAUUCACCAGACUUGGCUCAGGUUGGAUGAAGAAUUUCCAGCAGCCUCCAUAUUGCUGUUAACUUUCAACAAUCAUUAUUAUCACCCAACAAAUUUUAAUAAACAGGUUGAAAAAGAGUGUUGAUUUUUAUUUUAACCACCUUAUCAUUCAAAUGGGAGCAACAACCUAAUUAGACUUAGGAUCAGAAACUGUUGCAAAUUCACUGUAUGGGCAUUUAGUGAAAUUAUAUUCAAUAAAUCUAGCAAUUUGCUAACA